GUGCUAUGAAAGUCAAUUCGUAUCUUCAGACAGUAUCUAUCUGCCAUUCUAAAGACAUGAAGAAACUAUUAAUUCUCACAAAAGGAAAGACUGUCUUCUAGUAUUUCAUUUAAUUUGUUUUUGUUACUCUUAAGCCGAUGAACAUUGCUAGUAGGUGUUAUUAAGCUGGAUAAAAACAUUCCCCCAAGACAUGUUUCACCUGACAGUUAAGAGAGAAUCCGAAGGAAGGAGAAUGCUAUAAAAUAAUAAAACUUGCCUUAACCCUAGUGAUGAAACAUGUCCCUUCAGUGGUGGUUGGAGGGUGAGCUAUAAAAUUGAGAUUAUUUACAUUGACAAAUGAGAUAAUUUACAUUGAUACAAUUCAGUACUCAAAUAACUUUCUAAAGCAAUAUGUAUUAUGCUCUAAUACAAUUUAGUUCUUUCAACUAUGAUUUCAAGGAAAUUGUAGUAGGAAAUGUUAUAAAUUCAUUAUCCUGUGAAGGUUUCCAUUAUGAAUCAAGACUUGGAAUAUUUUCUCCAGUUCAUUUUAUAAAUCUGUUGUUUAUACUGAAAUCCAACCCCGAGUCAACUUUAAAUCAUCUUUAAUGCAGGACUAUCCAAGAAUUGUAUUAACUACCCAAAGAAGUAUAUUUUAAGUUAAAAGGUUCACUACUACAAAGAAAAGUGCUUACAUUAUUUUAGUUUAAAUCACCUUAUCCUAGAACCAAUUCUCUGAAACCUUUUUAUAACCUGAUUAGACACAUCAGCAGGAGUUAACCUUGGUUCUACCUGCUGAGAUUUUACAUUAGAGAGAAAAAAAAGACUCAUUUGUCAUUCUGCAACAUCACAAAAUCAUUAUUGUAAUAAUUUUGAGCUGAUUUAAUGUUGAAAGUGAAGCAGUUUUUCCUUUAAAGUCAUUCUUUCAAAUCUUGAAAAAAAUAUACCAAUACAAAAUCCAAUUAUUUAAACCCACUUUAUUAAAUUCUGCUCCUUGGUAAAUUGAACAUGGAAUCAUGAAAAGGUUCAGACUUAGUCACUAAGCAUCAAAAACUCAUUAAUUUUAAAAUGAGAUGGUAACCUUAGUUGGUGCUAUAGAGAGUAAGACAAAACAAAUUUGGCUUUUGCUCAUGUGGCCUAAGACUUAAAGAACAUACAACAUAGUGAAUGAAUUCAUACGCUAUUUUGUUGUGUUCAUCUUAAAACUUUCAAAGCAUGUUUUCAAAAAUGUAAUAGCAACCCACAGAAAUAACCUUUAGGAAAUUCAGUGCUGCCUACCCAGAGGUAAGUAUCCACCUAACAGUAGAGUCCUAACCAACGGCCAUAUUUUCUGCAUUAGCAAACUUAGAAGCACGUCUCUCACCAAACCAGAAAUCAAUUGGACAGUGUAAUAAUGUGCAAACAUAAUAAACUCUUGAUCAAAAAUAGUUUCUCAAGACCUAUAUAGUGAGAUAAUACUUGUUCAUGUUAGAAUGUAAUUUAAUAUCCAUCAGUGUUUAAGUAAGUCAAAUAAACAAUCAUGUUUUAUUUUUAAAUUUCCUUCUAUUUGCAAUUACACUUUAGCAUUUAACCCUUUCUUUACAUUAUCAUAAGAGCUGAACAGCUUCCACAGGAGAUAGUUGGGAAAAGCCAAGGGAGUUUAUUGGCAAGACACCAUUUCUCUUUGCCCUGAAAUCCUCAAAAUUUAAUUAUUCCAGAGGCCACUGUGCAAUGCCUGAUGGGUUUCCUUCCUACCUGAAGGGAAAUUGCUGAUCUGACCUCUAAAAUGAACAAAAUCUAGUUAUAUUUAAACCAUUUGUGGCUCAGCUAAUGUAACAGGCCAUAUAGUCAAUAGAACAUGAAGAUUUAAUUCUGCCACAGAUAAAACAUCUUUGAUGAAAAAAUAGAGGAAGCAUUAGGCCUAAUCUGGUUAAAACAUACUUGCUCUCUCUUAUUCAGUCACUGACUCUCAUUCAUUCAUUCAUUCAAACCUAUGCAGACUAAAUGCCAGAGGGUUAACAACAAAGUAAAUUAGGAUGACAUCUUUGACUAUUAUGGAUUACAACCCAAGACAAUCUUGAAUCCAAAUGAAAGUAAUAAAGAAUAAUGGUUCUGUGUCUUUAGUAAAUGCUAGUAUAAAUAACAUGUCCAAGAUCAUGCCACUUGGUGGGACAUUUGUAAAAGUUGGAUGACAAUAGCCAGUUGGCGUGUAGUUACAUUGAAUGGGGGUGUUCUUACAUGCCAUGAACUAUCAUUUCUCGUUUUUGCGCUCACUGCUCUUAGCACAGCAGCUUGCACACUUUAACUCAGUAAGUAUCUAUGGUAAUAUGUUGAAUUGCUGACCUAAGUUUGCUCUGUGUGGUUUUGCUUUUAGUAUAUUCUAAUGACUGUGUUUUUUCUUAACCUUUUUUUGAUACGUAAAUCACUAAUGGUUUUCAAGAACUCAAGGAAAGAACCUGCUGGAUAGGAGAUAGGGGAAUUUUCAAACUCAUAACAUCUAAUUUAGGAUCCUAUAUGGAUUUUAUGUAGUGUCAAAAAUCACUUAUUUUUAUUUAUAUAUCAAAUUUUUAAAACCAGAAGCAAUUCUCUGAUCAUCUAGUUUAAAUCUCUCCUUUUACAAAUGAGGAAUCUAAAGGCUGAGACUAACUCCAAAGCAUCCUGACUCAAUUUUUUCUGAAUAUAUUUAUUGCAGACUCUCCAAGUUUUUAUGUGUACAUUUUACUUCAUUUAAUCUAAGACAUUUAUUUUCCUUGAACUCUUGAUAGGUCUGCAAGUUUCCUCAAGAGAAUCCAACCAAGCUAGAUUUUAAUCUUUUUGAAUUGUGGUCUCAGCUAUAAAAGUUUUAGCUGAGGUUUUAAUGGCCAGGCUUAAGUAAAUUUAACAGAUACACCAGCGGGUGUUCCAAUUACAUACACCAUUAAAGGGUUUUAUGUGCGGAUUACAAAAAUUACUAUGAAAAAAAAACACAGCCCAUGUGCAGUAUAAUUUAUCAGCGGGAAAGAUUUCAGUGUCCUGGAAAAGUUUCAUAUAAAAAGGAAGCUAGAAAAAUAGGAAAGUCACAAUACUCAACACACACAAAAGGAAGCGUGGAAUCCCUUUGGCUCUUUACAUCUAAACAGAAUGGAGCUAAUUCCCAAACUGCUUGCUGGGCUCAUGCUGCUGACUUUAUGCGUGGAAGGCUGCUCCAGCCAACACUGGUCCUACGGGUUGCGCCCUGGCGGAAAGAGAAAUGCUGAAAAUUUGAUUGAUUCUUUCCAAGAGAGAGCCAAAGAGGUUGAUCAGCCUGUAGAGCCCCAGCGCUUCGAAUGCACCAUCCUCCAGCCACGCUCCCCCCUCAGGGGCCUGAAAGAAGCUCUGGAUAGUCUGAUUGAAGAGGAGACUGGACAGAGGAAGAUUUAAGUCUACUGGGCCAAAAGGACAGACACAUAAUCCUGAUACUGAAAUUUGUGACCCUUGAAAAAAUUGUGAGAAUUUCAGAAAUCCUUAUACCAAGUUGCAAGUAUUCAUAAUAAAGUGCUGUGUCGUGAGUAACAUGAUAUAAA